UUGCGUCUAAACUAAAUUUAGAGCCCCCUUGCUAGUUGACAGAACUGACGAUUGAGCCGGAACAGCUGUUUGAAGGGAAGGUUUAAGCAGUUGUAUCAUGAGACAACUACUUUUUUCACCGGAUGAUUUUCUAAGGAAACCAUACUUGAGAAUCUAAAGGAACUCAGUGAAGGAAGAGUGUAUAUUCAUCAUGAACAAAUAGUGAAGUACAACUGAAAGGGAUUUCAAAGCGUAGUGUGUGCAAUUAGUUUUCAUGACUUAAACCGAACGUCCACAGAAAGAAACAUAACACGUCAAGACCUUAAUGACGUCGACGUUUUCGAGUGUUUCAAUACUUAGUCAGGUUAACUCCUAUAAAUUUCUAACCAGUAAAGUCACUCGUCCGUUCUCUAGUUUUUCCCCGUUUGAAUACUCUAGAUCUUGAGUAAGGCGAAUUCAGUUCUCCAGGACACCUGUCCCCCUCACUGUAGAGUGUUUCAAAGAGUCCGAUUUCGUAGUCAUGCCGGAAUUGAAUGGCAUAAUUAUUCAGUUCAUCGUUUAGAACAUGAACCAUCAUCAUGGGCAAGUGAGAUGUUGAUAGCAACUGUUGAGGUGAUGGUGAAGUGGGUUCAUGACGAUCUAAAUACUGGAGCCUCGUAGAUGGAUUGUGGGGUACGCGGCUAACUAGGUCCACUAAUUAACCGAAGAUGAAAUCAUAGAUAUUCUGGAACCCAGUUGAUGACAAGCUAAUCUGUUCGAUGCAUGCAGCGGACGAUUGUUCGAAAAAGACCUUGCCUGCUGUUGGAUUCGAUAUUAGACCCAGUCCACUGUCUUUGUCGAAGGUCAUAAGAUUUCUUAUCGUUGUCAUUGCGAAGGGUGAAGCUCAUGAACUUCUCUGUUUUAUUACCUAUCUGAUUAAUUAAUUUCCUUUGUGGUCAAUAAAUGUUAGUGAAUUACAAUCCAGACCAGUAAUUAUGUGCUAGCAUUCAGUUUUAAAUUGUAUCUUUUCUAUUGAAUAGGGCAAGGCGAUCUACUUAGCACGUCAAUCUCUUUACAUUUGGAGUCCUGCUUUCUGGAACAAUCUUGGACUGUGUUAAUAUUUACUUUUAUUUGAUUUGAGAGGUACAUUUCGCAAUGAACAACAAAGCACCCAUACCCGUGGGGUUCAGAUUCCAUCCUACUGACGAGGAGCUAGUCGGGUACUACUUGCACGGCAAGGUGGGGAGGUUUCAGCGAGACCAGCUCAUUCAGGAGUUGGACCUUUACAAAAUCGAGCCCUGGGACCUCCAUGAAGUGUGCAGGAUCGGGGACGACGCACCAGAGCAUCAAAGUGACUGGUACUUCUUCAGCCACAAGGAUAAGAAGUAUCCCACAGGAAACCGUGCCAACCGCGCCACAACUGCUGGCUUCUGGAAGGCCACUGGGCGUGACAAGCCCAUCCACACGCAGCGUCAGGUCAUUGGAAUGCGCAAGACACUGGUAUUCUACAAGGGGCGCGCUCCUAAUGGUCAAAAAACGGACUGGAUCAUGCACGAGUUUCGCCUGGAUGAUUGUCCUGGUGCCUCUCCAAAUUACGAAUCCGACGGGUGGGUAGUGUGUCGUGUGUUCCGGAAAAUGAAGAAUUUUAAAACAAAGAGUCAAGAGACGUCGUGCUCGUUAGAGGAAGACCAGGUGCUGUUGCCGGAGCUUAUGAGCCAUUCCGAGGGGGGUGGAGGGCCUAGCAGUCAAGGCGGCGAGGUCCAGUAUAACCCCCAUCUUCACCACUUCAGUUUCACGUGCAAGCAGGAGCUCAGUGUUGAAGACUACCGCACUCCAAUCAGCAGUGACCCCUUCAUGGAGAAUCUCCACCUCCACGAGCUUCACAGGUCCAUCGAGCCUAGCUGCCACCAAAAUUACUUGCCGCCUUCGGUAUCCUCCACUUUUCGGAGCCUGCAACCAGCGUGCACGAGCGGGAGAUCAUCACGGGACUACGCCGAGUACUCUUUGGUGCCAUUCCCCCUCGAGUCGACUUCCCUGAGGGAUUUCGACGAUGCCAGAUCGAGCGUCACUCAAGAUGGCUCAUCCUUAACUGCCUUGGCACAUCACAACGACGCUGAAUACUGGAUGCUGGAUGGAGGGAUUAGCAAGGCUGGGGCGCGUCGCGACCAGACAUUGGCGGCUGUAACGUACCAUGUUGAUCUCAAGAGUCGGCAGUCUUCGGACAAUUCGUCGGCGUCGACGAACCAUGAAGGUUUCGGUCAUCUCUGGAAUGUAUAGCAUCACAGGGACCUCAAGUGGUGAGUUUCUGGGCCAUUAAGAAGGUUGUAUUCUGGACGUCAACAUAGGCGAAGCUUCAUCAGCACAUUAUGAAUAAGAGCCAGAGUUCAAUUGCACACAACAUUCAGCUGUCAAGAAGUGCAAGGUACCACAUGAGCUGCAAUUUUAGUCGUCAACAGGUUGUUGCCGAAUGAAACAAGCCCGCAUCUGCAGGAGACAUUGCAGAGACAUAGAACGACAAUCCAGAAAAUGAGAUGGAUCUCUGCACAAAGGGCCAAAACAUUAGUAUGACUUUGAGAAAUGUUGGUGCUCCACGGUAGGCUGACAAACAAACAAACAAAUAGAAAAAGGAAAAAAACAGAAGAGGGAAACAUGAGAGAAAACGAUUCGCCGUGAACAUGUGCAAUAUUUGUGCCUGCUUGUUAUUGUUGUCCUGAGAUUAUGUUGCAGCUCAUACAAGCCAGAUCUUGCCCGUAGUGCUGAAGGGACAGCGAAAAUCCCCUAUUUAGUACUCAUGAUACCAUUAUUAUGAUUUAUGUUCGCUCUGAAGGAACGUUUCUUUUAAAAAUCAGAGUUAAAUCCUGUUACAAAAUUGAAAUCGUUAUCAAUAAACUUGUUGGCACACAUGUGUAUUCUACAUUA